GUAGUACUUGGCUGCACAGGGGCGUGGGAAACGUCGACCCCAUCUACAUAAAGCCCCUCCACCCCUUUCAUCCGAACAACCAUCAUGUACCCUCGCGAGGCCCCUUCAGUAAGCCCCUCAGGCAUGCUGGACCCAACAGCAGACCAUCCCGUACUCUCAGAACCAGACACCCUUUCUGAUUCAGAUUGGCUUGACAUCUCAGGCACUGACAGGGAGUCGGACGAUAACGACUCCGUCUUCUCCUCUAAUAGAGACACUGAUCAUGAACAUCUUUCUCCCUUAAGGUCAAGGCGGUCUUCCGUGAGCUAUGGCAGCUCUCGGGAAGGUGAUGUCGAUGUGUGGGAAGGAAUGAUCGAAGAUAGCGCCGACGAGGGGUUACCGGACCUUGUCCCAGUACCGCCUCCGGCCUCCCUCUCCGGUGAAGAAUUGCACCCCGCCAUCCACGCCCAGGAUGAGACGUUGCUCGAAGAGCAGCGAAUAAACGACGGCCUUGACCAGAGCAUGGUCAGCACGUUGAGCUCCUCACGAUCGAGCUCCCUCCCCGCAUCCACCCUCCACAACUCUGCGCGUGACCUCCGCCUCUCCUUCCCGGAUCCAAUCACAAGUUCGCGAGAGGAACUCAGGGAAUCGUCCUACGAGGAUAUCGGAAGCUGUCCGGAAGCUACCCAACCCUCUGAUGUCAUUUCGGUUCCUCAGCAGGCUGAGGAGGAGGAAACACAAGCAACACCGGAGGUGGCUCCAAUACAGAACUCGGUUUCAUCGACUGACACGCUGCCUGCAUCUGACUUUAACAUAUCCCUUUAUGGCUUUCCCACACCCUCUAGGUGGUCCAUAGUCACAUCUUUGCUGGAGAAAGUCGCGGAAGGGGCCGAUGUCACGAUCACGGCUUCUAGGGAGGAUGGCUCUGUACGCCAAUUCGCCGCCUCCAGCCAUUCACAUAAACUCUUCCCUCACAUCAUCACCGUCACCGACAAGAUCGAUCACAACUAUCCAGCAGAGGGUCCAUCUUCUAAGCCGCUUCCUUCAUUGGCAAUUGUUUAUAUGCCCUCCUGCCCUCCACGUCUCCCCGAGCCCACUUUUUAUCUACCCGUCGUAGCAGCUCCUCAUUAUGAUGACGAGUUAAUUAUCCCGUACAGCUUCUCGCGGGAACUAUGGAAUGCCUCUGACAUUCCUGAACGCCGGGCCUUGCGCUUGACAUCAGGCGCUUCUGCCGUUAUCGAUGAACGUGACAUCGAUAGCUUGGAUCCAACUGCAGCGUACCGUGCGUUCCACCACGUUUGGUCCGGCAACAAGAAAGCUGUUGGCAGGGCGUCUAUCAAUGACCUUCGUUGCCUGGCAAUUAUGUCCAUCUUUUCUGCCAUCAUUUCUCUCGUAUUUGGCAUCAUGGCCCCUUCGGCAGUCUCUCGCAUGACUUCCAUUAUCCCUACAUCUGGUGCCACUCCUGGUAGUUGCACCUCGGCUUCUAUAUUGCAGCUCCUCCUACCCGCUGCUGAGCGCCCAAGGGAAAUUGUACCUCCCGCCAUAGAGUCCUCAACAACUGCGUCGAUUCAUGACUUUGCGCUUUCCGUCUUCCGCGCUGAGUUGACAUCAGUUUCGAUUCCUAGUACACACACACCGGGUAUUCGUCGCAUUCACGAUCGCUUGACAAAGGAUCUCGUAUUGCGACCCACUGUGUCCGUUCUUGUUCCCGAAACUCAGCAGAAGCCAGUCUCCGCGGUACCAAGCGCUACGACCGGACAACAUGGUGGUCCCGCUUCUACCACGGCCAGCUUAUCUUCCUUGACCCUCAGUUCCGCCCCUGACAUCAUAAACGAAUACGUACCGAUCAUCACUGCCGCCAUUACAAAUGACAUCCAAAUCAUUCUCGACGCGCUUGACGGAUUGGUUCAGGCCAUCUCCAAACAAGUUCACACAUUGGUUUCGGAAACGGCCCUCCUUGUACAGCGAUCUGCAUCCUCUGUAGAAAAGAGCGCGCAGAGAUUGGAAAAUGUCAGGGAUGCGCUUUACGCCAGCAAUGCCCGGGCAAGGAAGCGAGCCAAACAACUGAAGGACCGUGGUGCGAAGUGGCUGUUUGAGGCUACAGAAGCUGUUGCGAGUCGCGUUCAGUCGUCGAAGAGAAAGGACAAGGUUUUAGACGAGGUGAAAGGUUUUAUGGAGGAGAUGACUGGUCGAGUUGAACGUGCGAGGAGUAAUGCAAAGAAGGUAGCUGAAAAUCUUCAACAGGCGAUGCUUGAGAACGAGAAAAUGGCAUCUCGAGCGUGGGAUAUAGGCGAAGAGCAUUGGAAGCAAUGGCACAUGCGGUCCCACAAGACGUGCAGGAAGGAUCGGUCUCGGAAGGCGGGUGUCUGAUGUUGAUUGAACCGUCUAGAUGUCUAUGGAUGUCUCCACUCAUUGUUGUUGUAUGUUCUAUGGGUUGUAUGUAACAUGUUGUGGUCCUUGGUAAGUUGUCAGUGUUGUAUGUACCUGAUGUAGGGUGAAUGUAUGUGUUGUCAUGUUUC